UUACUUUUAACUUGGUCUUUCUGUGAUGUUGUGCCGUGGAUUUUGCCUUGCUAGAAUUAGUAUCUGGUGUCCCAAGUUAUGGGGCAUGUCUUUGCGGGUGGAUCGCUGGAAGAGUUCAGCUCAGUCCCCUCGGUCCAGUACAGAGUCCUGUCUGCGUGGAGAGGUGGACAGGUUUGGGGGAGUCACCGUGCGCUUGCACCCCUCACACAACCUGGACGAGUCAGGCUUCGGCAGCUGGCUUUAUGAUUCUGUCAAGGAGUGGAAAGCAGAUGGGAGAAUAGCAGUGUGGUUGCAUAUUCCAAUCAUGCAAAGUAAGCUCAUAACCAAGGCUGCUGCACAAGGAUUUGUGUUUCACCAUGCAGAGAAUGACACGUCUACACUUACACUAUGGUUAAAGGAAGGACCAAACAAUCUGCCUGGGUAUGCCACACACCAAGUUGGUGUUGCAGGUGCUGUUUUAGACGAGGACUCAGGCAAAGUGUUGGUCGUACAGGACAGAAAUAAAACUGUAAAUGCGUGGAAGUUUCCAGGAGGUCUGUCUGAUCCAGGAGAAGACAUUGGAGCCACAGCAGUUCGGGAAGUUUAUGAAGAGACUGGCAUAAAGUCAGAGUUUAAGUCUCUCUUGAGUAUAAGGCAGCAACAUAAUCACCCUGGGGCCUUCGGGAAGUCAGAUAUGUAUAUAAUCUGUCGCCUAAAGCCGCUGUCAUAUAAUAUUAGCUUUUGUCCUAAGGAGUGCCUGAAGUGCGAGUGGAUGGACCUCACAGAACUUGCCUAUACCAGGAGUACCACCCCUAUCACCAGCAGAAUCGCUAAACUGCUGCUGUAUGGUUACAAGGAAGGUUUCCACAAUAUUGACUUGACUAUGAGGAUAUUCCCAGCUGUCUACUCAGGGCUUUUGUAUUCACUUUACCAUAAGGAACUACCAGAAACCUACGAAAACAGGACUGACCUCAUAUAAGCUUCACAUUUUCACUUUUAGCAGAGUUUUAGAAUUCAUUUUUUAUCAUUUUAUAUUUAUGUUCAAAAUAUUUAAUGUAAUAUUAUAAAAUAACAAGCUUUUUGAUUUAGUGAUAACAACAAAUAUCAAACUGUAUUUACAUACUUUGCUGCACAUAUAAAUGAUAAAAGUUUAGGUUA